AUGGCUACUUCCCACGCCGGCAUGAAGCGCAGCUUCCAAGACAUGCACGGCGUACACAACGGUUUCGAAUCACCGCGAAGACCAAUGGAUAUGCCCUCCCAGCCCCCUUCACGUGAGGGAAGUGUAGUCCCUACGCCUCCAAACGGCGCCCAUUCCACUAUCAAUGGCCUGGAAACUCUACCACGGAAAGCCUCAUUCGCCGCCGAUGCUUCAAUCCUGUUGAUAGGCGUGCGAGGAGUUGGCAAAAGCUCGCUGGGAUUUCUCGCCGCUUCUGCUUAUACUCGCCGACUUGUCGAGUCUAGCAGAGCCUUUCUCGAGACUACAGGCUACAGUGGAACUGAUUACCGCAAACUACAUGGUCCGUCGGAAUACCACAAGAAGCACAGCGAUGUUUUGAGACGACUCCUCGAGACUCACUCCCGGAAUUCUGUUAUUGUAUGCGGCCUCGGCGAUUUGGAAAACGACGGCGCACAGCUGGUUCAACGGUUCUCACAAUCGCAUCCGGUCAUAUAUGUAACUCGCGACAUUCCAGGCAUCCAGACUUACAUCCGAGUGUGGUCAGAGGAGAGAAUCGAAGACCUGAUUCGUGCCAGCGAGCCGUUGCUGCGACAGUGUACCAACUACGAAUUCUACAACGUGUCCGAGUCACUAAGUCAACGAUCGUCUCACCACAACACCCCAAGGCCACACAGCGGCAGAAGCACUCACGGACCAUUUCUAACACUCAAAAGAGCAGAGCAUGAUUUCCUCAAGCUGCUCCGAAAUAUCAUAGGCGAUCAUGACCGUGGUCGGUCCCAUCAAUCAGCCUAUCCACUUUCCCAGCUCAGCGUCGACAAGCUAGAAUUCACCUCGGCUUUGUCGCUGACGGCAGAUGAUGUGGUCUCACACCGUUUCGACCUGGACGAUGCACAAGUCGGGAUUGAUGCUAUCCAGUUAAAUGUCAGUGGUGUUCCGCAACGAGGCGAUUCUUGGAAGCUCGGAAAACACAGCUGCUUCAAUCUGGUCAACGAGGCCUUCGCAAUCCUGAGACGGUCCACUAUUCUUCCGGUCGCUAUAUCGGUCACUCGCCAUGCUGCCGCCAGAACGAAGCAGGUCGCCGCUCUUGAGCUUCUUGAGUAUUGCUUGAGACUUGGACCCGAGUACUGCACUAUUGACCUCGCACUGGACGAUACCGAGAUCAACCAGCUUUUGGCAGGCAAAGGCCGCACCAAGAUUAUUGGCGAAUACAUAUCACCCGAUCGAAUUGCAGAAGGCUGGCAAGGACAGCAGUGCCUUGAUAUCUAUCAUCGAGCUCAAGGCCUGGGGUGCGAUUUGGUCAAGAUCACGAUGCCUCACGGCACUUUGGCAGACGCUUUUGCCAUACAAACCUUCCAGCAGCGGGUUCGGUCAUCAUAUCCCAGCAACGGUCCACGACUCAUCGCAUAUUGCACUGGCGCUCAAGGACGAACGUCGAUGUGCUUCAACAAUAUCUUGACACCGGUAGCACCCAUGGACAGGCAGUUUCAGCAUGCCAUCAUGUCGCUCGACGUUCAGCCGCUCAUCACAGCCAAGGAAAGAAAUGAGGCGCUGUUCUCGACCUUCAUACAUGAACCGAUGCGGUUCUUCAUCUACGGCGCCAACGUCAGCUUUUCUCUGUCGCCAGCAAUGCACAAUGCCGCGUACGAGGCUUGUGGUAUGCGUCAUUCGUACCGAACGCACUCGGCAUCAACGCUGGAAGACUUCGUUGCACUUGUGCGGGAGCAAGAUUUUGGCGGCGCAGCCAUUGUUCAGCCUUUCAAGACCAAAACCUUGCCGAUGAUGGACCUUCUUAGUCCCCAAGCCAAAGCGAUUGGUGCAUUGAACACAGUCAUUCCGCUCAGAGACGACUCAGUCAUAAAAUCGGUCACGAAUGAGAUCGGCAUUUUUCGCGAACGCAAUCGGACCGGACCCGUGAAAGCUUUAUAUGGCGACAAUACAGACUGGAUCGGUAUCCGCGCAUGUGUACGCAGAGGACUGUCACCUGCAAACACUGUCCGUCCACAAAGCACCGGUCUCGUCUGUGGCGCAGGAGGAAUGGCUCGAGCAGCGAUUUACGCCCUGAUUUCACUCGGCGUGCAGAACAUCUUCGUUUGCAACCGCACCAAGGGUAACGCCGAGGAGCUCGCGGAGCACUACAAUCGUCUCAUCAAAGCAAACGGCAUUGCUGAGCUCAGUCCCGCGGACGCAGCUACCACGACUGUCUCCGCGCUUGAGUCCUUCGAGAGUUCUUGGCCGAAAAAUAUGAGACAUCCUGCGAUGAUCGUUAGCUGUAUCCCGACACAGACUACAGAUGGUACGCCGACCAACUUCACGCUUCCACAAGACUGGCUGAAGAGCCGAACGGGCGGUGUGGUCGUAGAGCUGGCAUACAUGCCUAUCGUCACUCCUCUUGUUCGUCAGAUUCAGCGUGAAAGCCGCAAGGGCUGGAUCCUGAUGGACGGUCUUGAUAUGUUGCCGGAGCAGGCUUUUGCUCAAUUCGAGCUGUUCACUGGCCGUCGGGCCCCGCGCAGGUUGAUGAGAGACGAGGUCUUCAAGCAUUACUCUGAAGACGAGUUUCCACCGUACGCAAUCGUUCUCGAUCCGAAACUUUCAGACACUUGCUAA